AUGAUGUCCAACAUGAAUGAAACAUUUUUAAUAAACUUAAAAAACGAAUUUAAUUCGAAUUCAUCAUCAGCAUUCGUUUCCUCAGAACUUCUUUUACAUAGUUAUACACCAAUUGAAACGCUCUCAUCCGAACUUGAUUGUUUACCAAAUCUCUCACAAGAUCUUUGCGUUCAAUCGUCAAUACCAACACAUUUCAAUUUGAAAAAUUCAAAUGAUUGGGUUCUCGCUCAUUCCCUUAUAAAACAAGCAGUUGUUCAACUUGAACGUACAACAAAUGAAGAUCUUUCACGCUUAACAAAUAAUAAUCACAGCAAACUCUCUACAAUAUCUCCAACUUCAAGUAUACAUUUUGAUGAAAUACCUCGUGUACGUGGUCCAAAGUCUACUCGAUUUACUUGUCCUAUAUGUGGUUUAAUAACUGUAUCGAUGGAACGUUUACAAAGACAUGUAAAUCAGCACGGACAAAAACUUCGAUUAGAAACAUACAAACCCGAACGCAAACUGUCUACAUUAGUAUGUGAAAAAUGUAAAGCAACAUUUUCAUCUGCAUAUGCUCUAAGAAAACAUCAGCGUGUACACACACGAGAUAAACCAUUUUCAUGUGAUUUUUGUGAAUCAAAAUUUUCUCAAUGGGGAAAUCUACGACAUCAUAUUCAACGACAUUUAGGCAUCAGUCCUUAUGCAUGUCCAUAUUGUAAAAAGACAUUUAUUGCACCAUGUAAACUUGAAGUGCAUAUUCGUGGCCAUCUCGAUGAACGACCCUAUGUUUGUGAUCGAUGCCAAGCUACAUUUAGAUGUAAUGAUGAUUUACGUAAACAUCUAAUUAUUCAUGCAGACUAUAAACCAUUUGUUUGUUGGAUAUGUUCAAAACCAUUUUUUCAUGCAUCGAAAUUACGUAUGCAUUUAAAAGAAAAACAUGAUACGGAUGUAAUGAUACGGAAAAAAGAUGUAUUAGAAUCUGGUACCGAGUAUGAAAUCACAUUUAUUAAUUCUGGCGAACGAACAAAAGACAUCUCGUCAUCUACAGAAAUACAACCAACAAAUGAUGAACAAUCAUCAACAUUUUAUGACACAAUACUCGGUUGUGAUGAAAUCGAAACACGAAAAUUAACAUUAGUCGAUGAAACAUGUGAAGAAACAGUUACAAAUUAUCAGUUAUUGAACGAAUUCACUGUUAGUGAUAUUGAAACAUUUGUAAAAAAUAAUCCAUUUGUUUUAUCUGAUAAUGAUCUAAGAACUUGUGGCUCAGAAGGAGGCGUAGGAGGACAUCAUCAACAUUUUGAUGAUUUAAAAUUAAUCGAUUUUCCUGUUAUGUGA